UCGGAGUUGCUUUCCACAGCGUCUCAUCAUCAUCAUCUCUCUCUCUCUCUCUCUCUCUCGCACAGACAUUCUUCUUUUGGAAGAUCAGAGCUCAAAAUCACAUGCAGAUAGACGAGGCUGUGGAAUCUGUUGUCAUGUAAUUGGGAGCACUCUUUUCUUCAGAUAGAAGCGUUGUAUGCAAAUGAGCAGUAUGGGUGACGCUACAAAUUCAUCAGCUGAACGAGCUGAAGAACUCAAACUCCUUGCAAAUGAAGCGUUUAAUGCUCACAAGUUUUCUCAAGCUAUUGAUUUGUAUAGUCAAGCCAUCGAAUUAAAUGGUCAGAAUGCUGUUUAUUGGGCAAAUCGUGCAUUGGCCCACACUAAACUUGAGGAGUAUGGAAGUGCCAUACAGGAUGCAACAAAAGCUAUUGAAAUCAAUUCUAAAUAUUCAAAGGGUUAUUAUAGGCGAGGUGCCGCAUAUCUUGCCAUGGGAAAAUUUAAGGAAGCCUUGAAAGAUUUUCAACAGGUCAAAAGAAUUUGUCCAAAUGAUCCUGAUGCUACCAAGAAGUUGAAGGAAUGUGAGAAAGCAGUACAAAAACUCAGAUUUGAAGAAGCCAUUGCUGUACAAGAUUCUGAGAGACGCUCUGUUGCUGAAUCUAUAGAUUUUCAUACCAUAGAUGUGGAGCCACAGUAUGCUGGUGCACGGAUAGAGGGAGAUGUUGUUACUUUGGAAUUUGUUAAGAAAAUGAUGGAUGACUUCAAAAACCAGAAGUGCAUACACAAACGAUAUGCAUACCAGAUUGUCUUCCAAGCCAUGGAAAUGCUGCGAGCUUUGCCUUCUCUUGUUGAUAUAACUGUUCCAGUCGGCAAUCAUUUUACAGUUUGUGGUGACAUACAUGGUCAGUAUUACGACCUAUUGAACAUAUUUGAGCUGAAUGGGCUCCCCUCAGAAGAGAAUCCCUAUCUCUUCAAUGGCGACUUUGUGGAUCGUGGUUCCUUUUCUCUUGAAUGCAUUCUCACACUAUUUGCAUUCAAGUGUAUGUCUCCGUCAGCUAUUUAUCUUGCUAGAGGAAAUCAUGAGAGCAAGAGCAUGAACAAAAUAUAUGGUUUUGAGGGCGAAGUCAGAUCGAAGUUGAGCGAAAUAUUUGUUGAGCUCUUCGCAGAAGUAUUCUGUUGCUUACCUUUAGCUCAUGUCAUAAAUGAAAAGGUCUUUGUAGUUCAUGGUGGUCUUUUUAGUGUUGAUGGGGUGAAACUCUCUGACAUUAGAGCGAUUGAUCGGUUUUGUGAGCCUCCUGAGGAAGGGUUGAUGUGCGAAUUACUUUGGAGUGAUCCACAACCUAUUCCUGGAAGAGGCCCCAGCAAGCGUGGUGUCGGUCUUUCAUUCGGUGGUGAUGUGACGAAGAGAUUUUUACAGGAAAAUAAUCUAGAUCUAGUUGUUCGAUCCCAUGAAGUGAAGGAUGAGGGCUAUGAGAUUGAACAUGAUGGUAGGCUUAUUACUGUAUUUUCUGCUCCAAACUACUGUGACCAGAUGGGUAACAAGGGUGCAUUCAUACGUUUUAAAGCCCCGGAGAUGAAGCCAGAUAUUGUCUCUUUCGAUGCAGUGCCUCAUCCGGAUGUCAAGCCAAUGGCAUAUGCAAACAACUUUCUGCGAAUGUUCUCUUGAUCCAAUGAACAGAGUACUUACAGUUAGAUUUUCCGUGAUUUUAUUCCAGCCCUUAAAUUGUCAGAAAUUUGUAGAACACGUGUGGCUGUUGCGUGAGGCCUGAAGAAGAAAUCAGUCUGGGUUGAUGCAGCUUUAGUGCCACGAGGGUAAAGUCCUUCACCCCUCAUCUUCCAGUCCCUCUGUUAUCAUUACGUAUGGUUGGGCAUCAGUUUUGCGCAUCAGUUUUGCGUUCUUUUGUGACAAGUUUGUGCUGGAGAAGGCGCUGAUCAAACGACAAAGGCCCAUGUAAAAUGUAGGAUUUUUUUUUUUUUAAUAACUUUUCUUCGUUAUUUGUUAUUUGGUUUUGCCUUCUCAAGCUUUUGUUAUGCAUCAGAACAUGAUGUUGGAGGAAGAUUCGUUUUAAUUUUGAUUUGGAUUGAUAUAUCCUGCAUCAUUUGUGGUGCACGCUA